UCCACCUGGUGUCAGAGACCAUCCAGGGAGUAACAGCCACUGCCACCGGGGUCCAAUACCAACAAUCGUGGCUAUGUAUACUCUGCAAUGUGAAGAGUCUCCUGAGACGUCAUGUCUGUAUCUCUCGUCUGGAGCGGCCUCAGAACUGGGGAGAGAACUGCUGUGAAGUCCGUUAUGUCAUCCUCAUCCUGGCCCCACUCAAAAUGAAGAGUACGAAGACAGCGAUGGAGCUCGGCAGGACAUUUGGGACGUUAUUCUCAGACAUCUCAUUUAGACAGAAGCUCCUAGAGACCAAGACACAGGAGGAGUUUAAAGAAGCCCUGGUGUUCCAACGACACCAGCUCACAGCAGCCAAUCAGCAACCUGCUGCAGUGGAGGAGGAGGAGGAAGAAGAGGAGGAGACUGACCCACACUCCCACAAGCCACUCAAGUGUAAAGACUUCUUCAGGCCCGGGCGGGGGAUUUAUGAAGACCUGUGUCGCAGACUGCCACUUUACUCUUCAGACUUUACAGAUGGUGUAGUAGGCAGUAAUAAGACUGUACUGAAGUACGUGACAACAGCUGUCUUCCUGUACAUUGCUAUCCUCCUCCCUGCCAUCGCUUUCGGCUCACUCAACGAUGAGAGAACACGGGGCGAGAUUGAUGUCCAGAAGACCAUUAUCGGCCAAAGUAUAGGAGGGCUCAUCUAUUCUCUUUUCGCUGGGUCACCGUUGGUCAUCCCUCUGACCACAGCUCCUCUGGCCAUCUUCAUCAGUGUGAUCCGUGGUCUCUGUGAUGACUAUGACCUGGACUUUACAGCGUUCUACGCCUGCAUCGGUCUCUGGAACUCCCUCUUCCUCAUCCUGGGAGGCAUCUUCAACGUCUCCCUGCUCAUGAAGCUGUUCAAAAGGUCAACAGAGGAGGUCAUAGCUCUGUUCAUCUCUAUAGCCUUCGUGGUGGACGCUCUGAAGGGAACCGUCAAAAUCUUCCAUAAAUACUACCACGCCCCGAUGCUGACCAAUGGAAGUGGGGAGGCGUUGCUACGGCUACAGGAGCAGGGGGGUGUGACCCUACUGGGGGGUAAUGGGACAGGGGCGGAGGGAGGAGGGGUGGGGAGCUCUCUCCCUCUGCCUGACUCCUUCAUCCAGUGUACCAGGGAGAGACCAGUCCUGUGUCUGCUGCUGAUGCUGGGAACCCUGUGGCUGGGCUACACCCUCUACCAGUUUAAAAAGAGUCCAUUUCUCCAUUCCAAGGUGAGAGAGGUUUUGUCAGACUGUGCCCUGCCCAUCUCGGUUUUGGCAUUCUCCUUCAUCGGAUCCUACCUGUUCAACGACAUCGAGCUUCCAGUGUUUAACUUCCGUAACGGUCCGAUGUUCAACAUUGCUCCAGUUGGGAAGUUGUCAGUCAUGAACGUUUUGUCGGCCAUGGGCCUCGGCUUCCUCCUGGCUCUCCUCAUCUUCAUCGACCAGAACAUUGUGGUCUCUCUCACCAACGCUCCCGAGAACAGGCUGCUGAAGGGAACAGCGUACCACUGGGACCUGAUGCUCUCUGGGCUCAUCAACAUCCUGAUGUCUCUCCUGGGGUUACCAUGGAUGCACGCAGCCUUCCCCCACUCCACCCUGCACGUCAGACAGCUAGCCUUCGUAGAGCAGCGGGUAGAGGGAGGACAUCUAUAUGAGACGUGA